AUUUUAGGUGCACUACUGCGACCGAGCCAUGGGGUUUGGUGGAGGAAACUGACAUGUAACUGACGCUCCGAGCUGUAAUAGUGUUUGCGCUCGCAGUCCGACAGAACAGCGGCGGAUUACGGGAACGGGUUUCUUCAGGAUUGACAGAUCCGUUGCUCAUCCCUUAUGGGUGAAUCCGGGCCACGUCGCUCCACCCUGGUGUCCAGGUUGCCCAUUUUCAGGCGCAGUGUGAGGAAGAGGCAGGACUCCCUGCCAUCUUCCCCAUCCUCUGGGGGUGUAGGAAAUGGUGUGCACACGUCGUCUCCGUCGAGCACCAACUCAAGCUCCAGCAGCACGGGAAAGCGGCGCAGCCUUUUCCGAACACCGUCCAUCAGCUUUCAUAGCAAGAGAAACAGCGAGCUGCGUGCUGAUUCCAACCAAUUAGGUGCAGACAAUCGGAGCCGGCUGUCCGAGCCGAGCUUCAGUGAUGGUUACAACCACAAGGCACGACAUUCUUUUGGAUUUGGCGGACACAAGAAGAAGCUCAGCCGCUCCCAGACAGAGGACUUCGAGAAAGCCCCUACUAACCGCAGCGUUUUUAUCAACUGCAUUAGCUCAGGGACGAAUGAAGGAGAUGAUUCAGGUUUCCUGGAUGAUGUCAGCAGCAGGAGAGCUUCCAAACCGAAAAAACUGCUGCCCAAGUCCUUUUCAGCUCACCAUCGGUUUUCCAAGAACUCUAACCAAGUUGAAAAGAGUCAAGGUAAGGAUGAUACUCCCAAGACAGGAACUCCAGGUUCCUGGCCUGGUGAACUUGCAGAGAGCUCGCUACAGUCUCCCAUCGUUUCUGAGGACCGCACGACAGCCAUUACACCCUCAGACUUUGUCCAUGUCACUGAGGACACAGUCUCUGAAGUGGAUGCUUUGCCUGUUCCAAGUCCAGCCGAAGUUCCUGCUGAGAAUAUCAGUCAUGGUGUUUCUACCUCACAAACAUGUGCCAAACCAGAUCAGGGUGCUGAAGAAAAGCCUACACUGCCAGAUAUGAGCCAAAAUGCCAAAACACAAUGUGAUAGUACAAUGGUACAAACCGAACCAGUAACACUUAAUACAGCAGAGGAGCAGCACCAGGAACAGAUCAAGGCCAGUGAAACUGAACUGAACCAAGGGCUGAGCGAGGAGAGCAGCUCCAACGCAGAGCCCAGAGAAAGAACACGCAGAACCGCUGUGAUGGGCCAUCAGCUAGGAAAACCAGCAGGCCUGGGCAGACUGGAGGGCAGACCAAGUUAUCUGAGGAAACCUCACACAGUGUCCAUGUGCAGUAGUAUGAGCCCGCGCCGUGAGGUGAUUCGUUUGGAGAGGAGGCUACGUUCAGCUUCAGAGGGAGCCGGAGGUCCAAGACUUCACCUCAACCUUAAAGAACAUACCUGCAUGGAGACCAGCAUGUUGGUCAAACAUAGAACCAACUCCUCGUCCUCCAAGCUGGGCAGUCUGGAUGUUUUAAACAAUCUUGGCUCUUCCGAGCUAGAUGAAGAUGAUCUAAUGCUGGACCUGGAGCUCUCAGAUGACCAGAGACAUCGACACGCUUCUCAAGAAGACUCUAGCCAAUCUCUUGCCUCCUGUCUGAACCUGCUGCCAUCUCCUGUGGAUCUGCCUACAGACCAGAACACUGCCAAGGAGUGCAGGGAGAACAACAGGGAGGCAAGGCCAGUGUCUCUCUCUGUCUCCUGUGAUGACGAUCUGUUUUCUGGGCUGGAGACAUUGCGUUUCAGGCUGAUGCAGCAGGACUGCACAGCCAUGAAAACACUCCUGCUGCGUCUUCGAAGGGUUUUGCAGGAGAGCACUGAGCCCAGCCCUGCCAGCAGCCUUCACUCUUUACCCAUAAGCCCUUGCAGUGAAAAGUCACCAACUUUUAAGGAUCCAGGACGAGAUGAGAGCCACUCCCUGCAGCAGCAGCUGAAAGAGAGAGAUGAGUUGAUCCUGCUUCUGCAGACUGAGCUGGAAGCUGCCCGUUCUGCACAGAAACCCCUUUGGCAAAAAGCUGACAAAACAACCCAGACAGAUCCUCUAGCCCCAGAGGCUGUAUAUUCAAGUCGAGCCACAGGCAAUAUUAGCAGCAGCAGUCUUCCGAGGGAGCGACGGUCAGCCCGAUUGUCCAGUUGGGGAGAAGAGCGCUAUAGUGGAGGAUUAGGUACUCGAGAUCCUGCUGCAAUUCAGAGGAGAUCUGAACAAACACACUCGUCGUCAUCUGAGGUAACUACUCCAAGAAAACUGGAACAUCUAGGUCCCUCUCAGAUUCCUCGUGCCGUGGUGAGCGGCAGCUCAUGCAGCCUUUCAUCAGACAGCGAGAGACUCACCAUGCCAAGGCCACACUCGUCAUUCAGCGGGCGUCUGGGCCAGCCACCACGCGGACCGCUCUCCCUGCACAUGUACAGCCGCAAGAACGUCUUCCUCCAGCACUCACUCUACACGACCGAAUUGCAGGCGCUCGGCCAGCAGGAUGCUUAAAAACACACACACACACACAUACAAAAACACGCAUUUUAAAUUCGACUUCUGCACUUAUCAUCAAUCCGUCUGCCUCUGCAGCUGUUUGACCUCUGUGCGGUUUGGACAGAUCCGCAAUCUAGCUUCUGCGGCUAGCAUAAAAACGCCAUCAAUUUUCUGCUGACCCUGAUUGACCUGCACAGGUAGAGUUCAUUACACAGCUGUGUGACAAGGCCAGUAUGUCAGAGUAGUAGGUCUGAUGCCAAUUUCUCUGACCCUGUUGAAAGACUGGGAGAUCAAUCUACAUUUCUUUUUUUUUUUUUUUUUUUUUAUCUUUUUCUUCUUCAAAUCUGUAACUAUAUUUUAUUUAUUUAUUUAUUUUUAUCUGAGUAGUAGUAGUAGUAGUAGUGGUAGUAGUAGCAGUGAUGUGUUUCUUUGUGUAUCUCUAAUUAAGCUUAGCAUAUCCACUUACCUCUGUUGAUUGGCAAAGAAAAGAAAAAUACUGGCGAGCGUUUAUGAGAACAUACCAGGCUUCGGUAGAACUGAUGUGACAAACACUUAUGUGUCUUAUAUCAAAUCCAGCUGUGCUUAAUGUCGAAUUAGUCAGAGAUCUGUGUGUAUGGGAUGUAAACAUUCAUAAUUUACCCACCAGCAUCUUUUUUGCACCAAUGAAUGUGGUCCAUGCACAUGUUGCCAACUCGUAUCCUCUGAGGGAUUUUAAGCGCUUGCUGCUAGCUGGGAAUAAUUUUAACACUCAUUAACCUUUACUAAUUGCAUGCUACUUUGUAAUUUUUUUUUUUACAUAAUGUGAACAGAACUUGAGCUUUUUGUACAACGGCUUAGAAAUAGCUCUUGCAGUAUUUUAAUAAGAAGCAGUAAGAGCUUCUAGUGAUCACCACUGCCUCGUCUAUAAAUAGACACCAGGUGAGUUGAUUUUUUUUUUUACACUCGACUCAUGUGACUCGCAGACACAACUGUUCUUGUCCUACAUAAUGUAUGAUAACUGUCGACUCUCAGUCCAUCAGUCUUCAUGUUUUUAAUAGAUAAAGCACACUAAACUUCACAAAUGGUGCAUAUGAGCUACAUUUAUGAAACUUGAUUUUAAAAAAAUACAUUAAGAAACUGAUUCAUGUUCUGUGACACUUGGAUAAAUGGGAAAAAACUGUACACGCUGUACCUGGAGUUUGGUUUUAUAUACAUAUAUACAUUUUUUUCCCUGUCCGAUGUUGGGACAGCUUUGCACUUCGGACCAAUGAACAUCGAAGGGCAUUCAGAGGGGAAGGAAACCCUGAAGAAACUUACUUCUAUCUAUCCAGCAGGUCUGCUCCCGGAGGUCUGCUGUUCCACUUACAGCAAUCUGCUGGGAGCGGCAGCGUUCUCUCUCUCUCUCUCUCUCUCUCUCUCUCUCUCUCUCUCUCUCUCAGCCCUACUUGUACAGCUUUGAGAGAGAGAAAGAUUUAGCAUGCUCUCACCAUCACCUUGCUGUGAUCUCAAUAUCAUCCCUCUGUGAAACUGGAACAUGCUUCCUACGUGAUUCAAGAAUGACCUUGCAAGAAUGGGGACUGCACUUCCCUUGAACAUUUGCUUUGACUGAUACUGUUAUGACAGAACUUAAACUCAAAACGCAUGUUUAAAGAGAUAAGCAGCUUUCAUGUAAGUGUUACUCAAGCAUUUUCCCUCCAGCUGUUAAUUGGCAUAAAAACCUUUCAAGGUAAAUGCCGUGAUGUCACAAGCAGGAGUAAUUAAUUACCGAGUGCGAAGUGAGAAAUGAGCAGAAUAAAUGGCACUUGAUAAAUGUUGAUCAUUCAAAAGACUGUAUGUAUGAAACACAUUCUCUGAACCGACACUUUAAGUCAAGUAGAUUAGGUAUUUAUUUUAUGCCUUAUUUAUUUAUGUGCAUCGUUGUGAUCUGUCACUCGAAGGUCUUUUUUUGUACAUGGGUACGUUGAAUAACUAGCAACCUCAUAAAGGAUGCUCUCAAUUUAUUAGGAUUUAUUAUCACGCUGGGAAAAAAUGAUCUGUAAAUGAUGUAUUUUCCAAGAUGUACAGAGUUCAUUUAAUAACAGCAUUUUGAAAAAGUGAUUUUAAAACCAUGAUCAAGCUGAGAAUUUAAUAGAAUAUGUUCCUGUACUUUUUUCUCUCAACAGUGAUUUUCACAAUAAUGUUAUGAUUUGUACAUGUAUUAUAUAUAUAAUCUCAUUAAGGAUAAAUAAAAACAUCUCUAAACA